GGGGGCGGAGAGGGAAGAGGGGCGGGACGGAGCGCGCGAGCAUGUGAAGAUGGCGGAGCUGCAGAUGCUGCUGGAGGAGGAGAUCCCCGGGGGGCGCCGGGCCCUCUUCGACAGCUACACCAACCUCGAGCGGGUCGCCGAGUACUGCGAGACCAACUACAUACAGUCAACAGAUAAGCAACGGGCCCUAGAAGAAACCAAAGCAUAUACAACACAGUCUUUAGCUAGUGUAGCCUAUUUGAUCAACACCUUGGCCAACAAUGUUCUACAGAUGCUGGAUAUCCAGGCAUCCCAGCUUAGGCGUAUGGAAUCUUCAAUCAACCACAUUUCGCAAACAGUUGACAUACAUAAAGAAAAAGUGGCCAGAAGAGAAAUUGGCAUCUUGACCACAAAUAAAAACACUUCAAGAACUCACAAAAUCAUUGCACCAGCCAACCUGGAGAGACCAGUUCGCUAUAUUAGAAAACCUAUUGAUUAUACAAUCCUAGAUGACAUUGGACAUGGGGUGAAGUGGUUGCUUAGAUUUAAGGUUAGUACACAGAAUAUGAAAAUGGGUGGCCUGCCUCGAACCACGCCACCCACCCAGAAGCCGCCCAGUCCGCCAAUGUCAGGGAAAGGAACGAUUGGGCGUCACUCUCCCUAUCGCACACUGGAGCCAGUGCGUCCUCCAGUGGUACCAAAUGACUAUGUACCUAGCCCUACCCGUAAUAUGGCUCCCUCGCAACAGAGCCCUGUUAGGACAGCUUCUGUGAAUCAGAGGAAUCGCACUUACAGCAGCAGCGGGAGCAGUGGAGGGAGCCAUCCUAGCAGUAGGAGCAGCAGUCGAGAGAACAGCGGAAGUGGGAGUGUGGGAGUCCCUAUUGCUGUCCCUACUCCGUCCCCUCCCAGUGUGUAUCCAGCCCCUGCCAGUUCUGCUGGCACUUCUCCCCUUCCUGCUACUUCUGCCCCUGCUCCCACUCCUCUCACUCCUGCAACUGCCCCAUCCUCUGCCGCCCCAGAUGCUGCUGCCGCUGCUGCAGGGGCUCAGCCCCUUGCCGAUGGCUUCACAUCUCCAACUCCCCCUGCUGCUUCUUCCACUCCUUCCGCAGGUCAUCCUGUUCAGUUCUACAGCAUGAACAGACCUGCUACUCGGCACACCCCUCCAACAAUAGGGGGCUCUUUGCCGUACAGGCGUCCUCCUUCCAUCACUUCGCAGAACAGCCUUCAAAACCAGGUGAAUGGAGGACCCUUUUAUAGCCAGAACCCAGUGUCUCUUGCGCCACCUCCUCCCUCUAUCCUACAGGUAACUCCUCAGUUACCACUCAUGGGAUUUGUGGCCAGAGUUCAGGAGAAUAUUUCAGACACACCUCCACCCCCACCCCCGGUAGAUGAGCCAGUCUUUGAUGAAUCCCCGCCACCACCACCUCCUCCAGAAGAUUAUGAGGAGGAAGAAGCCGCUGUGGUAGAAUACAGUGACCCAUACGCUGAAGAGGAUCCACCGUGGGCACCAAGGACCUACUUGGAGAAAGUUGUGGCGAUCUACGACUACACUAAAGACAAGGAAGAUGAACUCUCCUUUCAGGAAGGCGCCAUCAUCUACGUCAUUAAGAAAAACGACGAUGGUUGGUAUGAAGGGGUGAUGAAUGGAGUAACGGGACUCUUCCCAGGGAACUACGUGGAGUCCAUCAUGCAUUACUCGGAGUGAAGACGGCCACAACAAGAGGCAGAUUUGCACCUUGCUUGCCAUGAGGUUGUUGGGCUCCCCAGAUCUUCUCCAGCGGCUGGGGGGCCCUGUCAAAUGAACUGAAGGAAGGAAGGAUCAUUGUAAACAAAACCACUCUUAUUUUUUUUGUUUUGCUCUCCCCCCCCCCCCAACCAUUUUAUAAAAUAGUGAUUUGA